UCCUGGAAUUCGAAAUCCCCCGAAAAAUUCAUUUUCCCGGGAAAAGCGAGGAAGAUAAAGAAAAAAACACAACGCGCCGCCGGGAUGCGCGAGCGGAGGGAGGAUGGCGGAGAUGGCUGGCGACGCCGCGAGGAGCAGCAAGACGAUCUGCUCCAUCUGCUUCGAAGAUCUGAAGCCCAUCGUCGAAGACCUCCAAGCCAUCCCCAUCUGCGGCCACGUCUUCCACGAGCUCUGUUUGCAGCAGUGGUUCGAGUACUGCCCGGCCACGAGGAAGCGGAGCUGCCCCAUCUGCAAGCAGGCCUGCCAGGCGAACAAGGUCUGCCGGCUUUACUUCCAGUCCGUCGGCGACGCCAGCGACGCCGCCCCUCCACCGAGGUCGCCCGGGCUCGAGGUCGAUCCCGAGGCGCUGCGCGCGGAGGUGAGGAGAUUGGAGGCGAAGGCGUCGGGGCUCGUUUCGGCUCUGGAGCAUCGGAACAAGGAUCUCGAGCAGCUCAAUGAGGAGCUAUGCAUUUCCAGGGAAUUGGCAAAAAAGGAGGCAGCACUGAAGGAUGAUGUUUUAAAGCAAAAAGCUUCCAUACAGCAGUUGCUUCAUUUGAAAUCUAAGGAGCUCGAUAAAACCACUUUGGAAUGCUUAAGGUUGCAAGAAAGAAACAUGGCAUUGGCUAAAGAGCUUGCUGCACUUAAACUGGUGUCUGACUUGGACUUGGAGGAAGGUGAAGUCCUAAAGCUCGCCAGUCUGGGUAAUGAAGGCAACACCAGAGAUACCAUAGACAUCCUUAGAAAGUCCUUAGUCAUUCGAAAUCAGAGUUAUAAAGAAUUGAUGGCUAAGUGCAAUGUUCUUGGGAGAGGAGAGGCUCGUUCGACGCGGAAGCUCGAGAAGGCUAAAGAAAAGAUAAGUAAAUUGAAGAUCAGGGUCCAAGAAUUAGAGGCAUCUAUUGAAGCAAAAGAUAAUGAAGUCUUGAGGUCUUUGAAGCGAAAGAAGCAUAAAUCUGAUGCAACUAAUCAAAGUGAAGCUACCUGUUACACAACUUCAGCAGUAGGAAAAUUGUCCCCUCAAGAUCACUUGGCACCACCCCCUGUACCAUUGCCAGACUCUAAUUUAUUUGGUAAAGUAACAAAGUCAGAUGCUUCUUUGGCAAACGAAGGUUUCAAAACCAUGAGAAAUUCGGGUGCAAAUAACGAUGGACUGAGUUCCAUUACCUCAAGACAGGUUGAUACAUUCAUUUUUAUCAAUGAGGAUGCCUCAGAACUUCCUCCGCCUGGUGCAAACAAUGUUGUCCACAACAAUGAAGUAUCCAAAUCAGAGAACUCUUCUUACUUUAAUCAGGAAGCAGUGGUGCCUAAAGCAUCAAAUAUCCCUAUUGAAAUCUCAGGUUCAAAAACUAACAGUGCAUCCAAUAAAGUGGAUAUUGUCACUAUAGAUGAUGAUGUGGCAAUUAUGAAUGACCAUAACUCAGGCCAGCCAGUGCUGAAUAUCAGAAAAGAGACUACUCCACAGCUUCCGCUUGGCAGGCCAGGAGAAAUAUGUUUUUCUGGCGGAUUGCUUGGUCCAGAUGGAACAACAAGGUAUUUGGGAAAAUGGUGUAAGCGGGGACAGAGCGAGACAUUGAAGGCCAUGCAGAGCUCAAGCAUCAGUAAUGGUGGUCUAAUAGCUGUCGGAUCUGAUGGAAGAGGUGGUAGAGUCAAAGCCUUGAGGUCUUCCACUCAAACUUCAGUGGAUGGUAAGGAGAAUCGAAUGAAGAGAUGCAAAUCCGAAUCCAAGACGAAUCUCUCUCAAUCUAAAAAUUGCUUGCAAAUAGAACACUUCUUUGCAAAGAUGUCUCACUAAGUAUGCUUACUAAUGCACUGGUACCUUUUCAUGAGUUCCCUUACUAAUGCACUGGUACCUUUUCAUGAGUUCCCUCACCUCGAGCAUGCAAGGCAAAAACUUGAUUUCUUUUUGACUGGGCUUGAAAUGGCACUAAGUUGCACAAUUGUGCACUCAGUGAGUGCCCCUAGUGAUCAGUCGGAAAAAAUGUUGCAUGCUGGGUAAAAACUCGAUUCCAUUUGAAUGUGCUCUGAAUGGCGACAAAAUGCACACCUGUACACUUGGAUGAGGUGCCCUGGUGAUCAAAGAAAAGUUGUCUGUCAUAAGGACUUGACAUCAGCAACUCAUUUUUCCUGCAAUCCCAUUUUGUUCCACCGCCUCAUGUUUUGGCAUGCCAUCAACUGUCAAAAGAACUAAACCAAUCUGCCUUGUCGCCUCCCAUCAAAGAGUGCUUGUAGAUCAGAAGAUUACUUGGAGGCUGUGAGUCCAGAACUAGAUUUAGAGUUAGCAGUCUCCCCAGCGCAGUGGAGAGCAAUGUUAAUGAGGCUUCACAGCUGUGACAAUUGCUUUGUCGUCCUUUUUUUUAAGCUGUCUAUUGGGAUACGAUCCGGUGUAAUCUCUUGAAGAUCAUAGGUAGGAUUUGCAGUAGAAGAUGAUGCGCUUGCGCCUUCAGAUACGCAUGCUCUGCAUGAUUUAGAAGUGAAUGACUUGGUGAUCUGAUGAGUUAUGGAAUGUGAUUCAUGAUUAACAAGA